AUGCUGGCGGAAAUCGCGGUCUGUCUGAUCCGCUAUGUAAAAAAUCCCGAUUUAUGUCCGACGGAAUUGCUGCCAUGGCUGGCCUGGGAAAUGUCGGUGGACACCUGGAAUGAACACUGGACGGAGGCGGAAAAAAGAGCGGCGAUAAAACGUGCCGCUUAUAUCCAUCGUCACCGGGGAACAAAAGCCGCUCUGAACGAAUCACUGACAGACAGCCCGUUCCGGUCACAGAUUGUGGAGUGGUAUGAGCAGACGCCACCAGGUGAACCCUAUACCUUCCGGUUGAAUGUGGAGCAGAAGGAUUUACCGGUACAGAUGAAUGACUAUCAGGAUCUGAAGCAUGCGGUGCUCCGUGCCAAAAAUCUGCGCAGCUGGUUCAGUGUUCAUCUUUACGGAAACAGCAGGGGGCGUAUUUUUGGUUACGGUUAUGUGAUGGCAACAGAAAAAGUCAGUGGUAUCAGUGCUGAUGAUACCCGGGGUAUCCGGGAUGAGUGGGUGGAGUGA